AUGUCCAACGGCGACAUACCCAAUGGCGCCAGCCCGCAUGCCACUCACACCCCCUCGCAGCGCUAUUUGAGUACCAGGGGCGACGACAGCGACCUCUCCUUCGAGGACGUUGUUCUCAAGGGCCUUGCCUCGGAUGGUGGCCUCUACAUUCCUGAGGAAAUUCCCGUUGCCUCUGACUGGCAGUCAUGGAAGGAUCUCCCCUUUGUUGAUCUCGCCUACAAUGUCCUCUCACUUUAUAUCUCGCCCGCUGAGAUCCCAGCCCCGGAUCUUAAGGACAUCAUCCGCCGCAGCUACUCUACCUUUCGCGCCCAGGACGUUACCCCCCUAGUCCAUCUGCAAGGCAACAUACACCUCCUCGAACUCUUCCACGGUCCCACCUUUGCUUUCAAGGACGUGGCUCUGCAGUUUCUCGGCAACCUCUUUGAGUACUUUUUGGUGCGGCGCAACGAGGGGAAGACAGGCCGAGACAGGUAUCAUCUUACCGUAGUCGGAGCGACGAGCGGAGAUACCGGCUCUGCCGCCAUCUACGGUCUCCGGGGGAAGAAGGAUGUCUCCGUCUUCAUGCUGCAUCCCAAGGGGCGCGUGAGUCCCAUUCAGGAGGCGCAGAUGACCACGGUGCUGGAUGCCAAUGUCCACAAUCUGGCCAUAACAGGAAACUUUGACAACUGCCAAGACAUCGUCAAGGCUCUGUUUGCCGACCGCGAUAUCAACUCGACCCUCAAGCUGGGAGCCGUAAACUCGAUCAAUUGGGCGCGCAUUCUGGCCCAGACCGUCUACUAUUUCUACUCGUACUUCUCUCUUGCGCGGCAGUCCGAGUCGUUCAAGGUGGGUGACAAGGUCCGGUUUGUGGUGCCGUCUGGCAACUUUGGUGACGUCCUCGCCGGCUAUUUCGCCAAGCGCAUGGGACUUCCGAUCGACAAGCUAGUGAUUGCAACAAACGAAAACGACAUUUUGGAUAGGUUCUGGAAGACGGGCAGGUAUGAAAAGAAGGCGACGCAUGGUCCCGCGGCCGAGGGCGGCCUCGAGUGUGAUGGAGUCAAGGCGCACGAGGACGGCGUCAAGGAGACACUGAGCCCGGCCAUGGACAUCCUGGUCUCGAGCAACUUUGAGCGCCUGCUCUGGUUCCUCGCCUACAAGUUCGCCGCGGGCACAAAAAUGGACGACGAGUGGAUCAAGAGGCAGGCCGGCCAGGAGGUCAGCAGCUGGCUCAAGGACCUCAAGACCAAAGGCGGGUUCGGCCCCGUGUACAAGGACGUGCUCAAGGAGGCGCGCGAAGAUUUCGAGAGCGAGCGCGUGACCGACCAGGAGACGCUCGACGCCAUCAAACGACUCUACAAGGAGGCUGACUACAUUCUCGACCCGCACACGGCGGUCGGGAUCGAGGCGGCGUCGAGGUCCGUGAAGCGCGCCGGCCCCGGGAUGCCCCACAUUGCCCUGUCCACGGCGCACCCGGCCAAGUUCGCCGGCGCCGUUACCCUGGCCCUCAAGGACGAGCCGAGCUUCCAGUUCGACGAGAAGGUGCUCCCCCGCGAGUUCGUCGGGCUAGACCAAAAGGAGAGGCGGGUCAAGGACGUAGCCAACGACUGGAAGGCCGUGCGGGAGCUCGUCAAGAAGGAAAUCGAGGAGGAGCUGAGCCUCCCCUAA